AUGGCGUCUGAGGCCAAAGCCGAGGCGGAGCAUGUUCUCUUGCCAGUCCCGGACAUGACCGCCGACGGCACUGCUGCGGGUGGGCCCGAUACGAUUCUUUAUCUUGCAUUUGGCUCGAACCUCUGCGCGGAAACUUUUCUGGGUCGGCGCAAAAUAAGCCCUCUCAGCCAACUCAAUGUGACCUGCCCGUCACUACGCCUGACGUUCAGCAUCCCGGGCUUACCGUACAUGGAACCCUGCUUCGCUAAUACAGCGGUGCGCGAGAUUCCCAAAGAACCCGCGCUCCCGGACCCGAGAAACCCAGCGCCAGUCAUCCCGCCACCGGUCGACGACCCCGAAGACGCGCCGCCCAGGUGGGAGAAGGGACUCGUCGGCGUGGUGUACGAAGUCACCAAGGAGGACUACGCCAAGAUCAUCGCGACAGAGGGAGGCGGCUCGGGUUACCAGGAGAUUGUGCGAACGCAAUACAGCGACUCUGAGGAUAACAGCGGCGGCGGUGAUGACGACAACGACGACGACGACGGCGGGAACAAGGGCUGGUGGUGGAGGUUUAUCCGGCGCGGGCGCCAGAGGCCCGACCCGGACUACGCGCAGCCGAGCGAGCGGUACCUCAACCUACUCCGCACGGGAGCGGCGGAGCACGAGCUGCCAGACGAGUACCAGGCGUACCUGGCGGCGCUGCGGCCCUUCACCACGACGACCUGGCGCCAAAAGGUGGGCAAGGCGGUCAUGGGCCUGAUGUGGGGCCCGCUGCUGAUGACCACGUUUGGGCUGGGCUCCUUGAUUGCCGACGACAAGGGCAAGGUGCCGACGUGGUACGCGGGGUGCAUGACGGGCACGUUUAGCUGCAUCUGGGUGAGCUACGAUUGGAUCCUCAAGCCGCUGUUUGGCGAUGGGGAGAGGACGAUGGAGAAGAAGGGUGAGAAGAAGGUGGCGUGGUGGAGCGAGGUCCCAGUUGGUCGGGUGACGGGAAUAUUGGGUGUCGCCUGCCGCAACAUUGAGCCACAGAUCAGCUCGGCUCUCCAGCGGUCUUUGCGGGUUCGACUUCCUAAUCAGGUUUAG